GAAUGGAAGAGGAAUAGUUGGAGUUGGAGGACGUGGUGGCAUGAUGUUGUGUUUUGCGGUUAGAGAUUCUUUCUCUCUCUCUUGCAUGCAGCAUGCUGGGUUUAUUCUCCAUCCCAUAAAAAAAAUUAACAAAAAAGCUUGGUUUCUUUCUAAUAGGUUCUUCGUAACAAUUCUACAGCGAUCGACUACACUCGAUCUCUUGCUUCGUUUCAAGAAACUCAAGCUACAAAGCAAAAGAUUGCAGCUUUCUUCAAUUGCAGAGAAUCCCAUUUCCAUUGCCCUCAAGCAAAAAGUGUUUGUUUCCCAAAUGGUUCAAUUCUGUACGGAUGCUUGCGUUGUUUGGACUGUGUUAGAGGAUGGGGGAUCAUUUUGUGUUGUUGGUGGAUCGAUUGAUCACUGAAGCUUCCCUUGAAGAUGCUAUAGAGAGCAAAUAUCUGUUGCAGCACCCAACACAGACAGCUAGCCACAAUAAUAUGGAUUCUUCCCAUAAAAUAGACGUGAAUACCCAGUCAUCUGCUAGAAAAUUUGUAGAAUGUAGGAUUUGCCACGAUGAGGAUGAUGACUCAAACAUGGAAGCACCAUGUUCUUGCUGUGGUAGCUUGAAGUAUGCUCACCGUAAGUGUGUUCAGAGGUGGUGCAACGAGAAGGGUGAUACAAUAUGUGAGAUUUGCCGCCAGCAAUUCAAGCCAGAUUAUACUGCACCACCUCCUCUAUUUCAUUACGGUGGUAUUCCAAUGAACUUCCGGGGGAAUUGGGAGAUUUCUAGAAGAGACUUGCAGAAUCCGGGAUUCCUAGCAAUGGUUACUACUGAUCUUGAGUACAUGAAUAACGACUUUGAUGAUGAAUAUUCAGCUCCCUCUUCGAGAAGCUUGCUAUGCUGCCGUAUAGUUGCUAUAACUUUUAUGGUUCUUCUGGUUUUACGCCAUAUGCUUCCAGUCAUAAUUAGUGGAGCUGGAGAGUACACAUUGACACUGUUCACAUUAAUGAUGUUGAGAACAAUUGGGAUUCUUUUUCCAAUUUAUAUCUUGGUUAGAGCAUUCACUGCUAUCCAACGUCGACGACAACAACAGGAUUCUCGAAUUUCUCUUGGCGCAUCAGAUGAAGAAAAUGACUUGGCAUAUCCGUCACGUUUUAUUCAAAUUCAAUAGCUGAUCUUUCACCUUCUUCCCUGGAGGCUGAAAAGAUCUCAACAAUCAUGACCUGCAAUAUAAGGAUGCAGAUGAAAACAGUGGAUGAAGAUACAUAUUGCCGUUGUUAUUUUGGGACAAUGUGCUAGAAGCAUCAAUCAUGAGCAAAUCCUUUGGUUAUGAUUACUGCAUAUGGCAUACAGCAGUAUAUAAAGAUGUAUAUACAACUACAAAUUGGAUAUAAUGAAAGAAAAAAUUAUGACUACAAAUUGGAUAGAAUCAGUAAAUCAUAUGAAGCAGCGAAUUGUGAUUUAAUGAAAUGGCUAAUGUAUUCCUGGCCAUUUCAAAAUGUAAUCCCUUCUUUUGUUACCUGACAACAUGGGGUGUUAGCUCUCCUUCCAGCUAAGGAGGUUAUAAUAUGUGGUGCUGGGAGUGCUCCUUAGAUCAUAGAAGUAAUGUUGUGGAGGCCUGAGGAGAGGAUGUGGUGGUAACCCCCGCAGCUUCCCCCGCAUCUUC